CUUCCAUGUGAGGGUUAAUCAGAUCUUCAUAUAACAUAUCUCGGUAACAGAUGUGAUUUUAUUGUAAGAGUCGAAUUGCUGUUUGUGGUUGUUUGGUCAGCAUGUUAGGUACCCUAUUCCUCAUGGCGCUGGUGGCCGGGUCUGCAAGCGGACAGGGUGCAACUGAAUGCAGUACCUCGGCUCGUGGUGAUAUUGUGUUCGUGUUGGACUCAUCCGGAAGUGUGGGUACAGCGAAUUUUGCCACUGAAGUGUCCUUUGUGUCCGACUUCGUCCAAGGGUUUCCUGUGGGUCCCUCCGCUGUGCGCUUUUCUGUGGUCGUUUUCUCCUCAAGAGUCAGAAAUCAAUUCAACCUUGAUCAAUAUGACAGCCGUACUGAUCUUAUUAAGGCAAUUGGAGCUGUGAGUUACAGCGGUGGUGAAACGAACACGGCGAGUGCACUCUCCUUUGUCCGACAAAACAGUUUUCUAUCCGUUAAUGGGGCUCGCAUCGAUGCCACGCAGGUAGUCAUCGUAAUCACAGAUGGUGGAUCGUCGAACAAGGCUAAGACGGCUUCAGAAGGAAGUUUGUUGCACCAAGCAGGAAUCAAGGUCAUUUCUAUUGGCGUUGGAAGUGCUGUUGAUAAGAAGGAGCUCCGAGCAAUAGCAUCCAACAACAACUUCGUAUUUACAGUUACUGACUUCAGUGCAUUGGAUAUUGUCAAACGGGAAAUACAGAAAACAACAUGUACAGUAAUUGAAGAACCAUGCGGCAAAGCUGCCCUGCCAAUAACAUCACGCGUCCUGAAUGCCCCCAUCGCUGGACUGUGUGAGUGGCCGUGGAUGGUGUCUGUGAGGCUCGGGCCUGGCGACAUCCCUGCACACAGGUGUACGGGGGCUCUCAUCGGGAAGAGGAGAGUGAUCACAACCGCCUCUUGUGCCACCAGGUACGUCCCACACUCUGUUAUUGCUGGUGAGAACAACCUGCUGUUAGACAACGAAGCCCUGAAUGGGAACAACUUUGAAGUGGUUGUUAAGGUCCACAAAACCGUCAUCCAUCCACUUUAUGCAGGGAAAGAUAACGACAUCGCAGUUCUACAUCUAGCGGAAGACGUGGUCUUCAACAGAUGUGUCCUUCCCGCCUGCCUCCCUGCACCACGGGAUAACCAAUGUGAAGACGCCACCAUGAAGACGUGUACCUUUGCUGGAUGGGGAAUAUACAGUAAGGUGACGCUGUCUCUCUCCCGCCGACUGCGAGUGACCAAGGGCAGGAGUCUCAAUCCUACGGUUUGUAAUGCCGUCUACACACAUGUGAAAAACUACAGCCCACCUGAAAACACAGUCUGCCUAGUGCCAGAUAUCCCUACACAGGUGCCAUGUCAGGGAGACGAGGGGGCCAUGGUCAGCUGUUUGGUACAAGGCAAAUGGAUUAUUCAGUCCCUUAUCAACUAUCCCAGCUGCUCCGCCAGUUUCCCGUCCCUCGGUGUCGACCUCAGACACCCAGACAUUAUCAACUUCAUCAAAAGUAACGGAGAUGAUGAUGCCAUUGAAAUCCACAGUGAUCCCAGUGCAUGCGACAUUCAUACAUGGUCAUCUGCUCACAGCGUUGAAGUAGGAGGAGCUGGAGGUGUCAACAACACCGUCACUGUAGAAGUAGCAACAACCGUGCUUUAUCCAUCUUACCAAUCUAAAAGAUGCGUCAUUGCUGGAUGGACAAUGGAGAGAGAUAACAACUUCAUCCCUCAAACAAGCUUGAGAGAAAUAGCUGCCAGAUACAUCAGCCCUGCAAUGUGUUCCCUCCUGUACCGCUACACCAGAAGCAUCUCUAUACCCAACAGGACUCUGUGUCUGGAGUUAGGGAACCAGACCAGCAGUCCAUGCAUUGUAAGUGUAACAUUUACCUUUAAGUAUGCUACGCCAUCAUUUGACAACAAGUCCAAUAGGCCAAAUAAAGGUCGUAGCAAUCUUCAUAUAACAUAUCUCGGUAACAGAUGUGAUUUUAUUGUAAGAGUCGAAUUGCUGUUUGUGGUUGUUUGGUUCAGCAUGUUAGGUACCCUAUUCCUCAUGGCGCUGGUGGCCGGGUCUGCAAGCGGACACGGUGCAACUGAAUGCAGUACCUAUGCUCAUGGUGAUAUUGUGUUCGUGUUGGACUCCUCCGGAAGUGUGGGUACAGCGGAUUUUGCCACUGAAGUGUCCUUUGUGUCCGACUUCGUCCAAGGGUUUACUGUGGGUCCCUCCGAUGUGCGCUUUUCUGUGGUCGUUUUCUCCACAAGUGUAACAAAUCAAUUCAACCUUGAUCAAUAUGACAGCCGUACUGAUCUUAUUAAGGCAAUUGGAGCUGUGAGUUACAGCGGUGGUGCAACGAACACAGCGAGUGCACUCUCCUUUGUCCGACAAAACAGUUUUCUAUCCGUUAAUGGGGCUCGCAUCGAUGCGACGCAGGUAGUCAUCGUAAUCACAGAUGGUGGAUCGUCGAACAAGGCUAAGACGGCUUCAGAAGGAAGUUUGUUGCACCAAGCAGGCAUCAAGGUCAUUUCUAUUGGCGUUGGAAGUGCUGUUGAUAAGGAUGAGCUCCGAGCAAUAGCAUCCAACAACAACUUCGUAUUUACAGUUACUGACUUCAGUGCAUUGGAUAUUGUCAAAGGGGAAAUACAGAAAACAACAUGUACAGUAAUUGAAGAACCAUGCGGCAAAGCUGCCCUGCCAAUAACAUCACGCGUCCUGAAUGCCCCCAUCGCUGGACUGUGUGACUGGCCGUGGAUGGUGUCUGUGAGGCUCGGGCCUGGCGACAUCCCUGCACACAGGUGUACGGGGGCUCUCAUCGGGAAGAGGAGGGUGAUCACAACCGCCUCUUGUGCCACCAGGUACGUCCCACACUCUGUUAUUGCUGGUGAGAACAACCUGCUGUUAGACAACGAAGCCCUGAAUGGGAACAACUUUGAAGUGGUUGUUAAGGUCCACAAAACCGUCAUCCAUCCACUUUAUGCAGGGAAAGAUAACGAUAUCGCAGUUCUACAUCUAGCGGAAGACGUGGUCUUCAACAGAUGUGUCCUUCCCGCCUGCCUCCCUGCACCACGGGAUAACCAAUGUGAAGACGCCACCAUGAAGACGUGUGCCUUUGCUGGAUGGGGAAUAUACAGCAAGGUGACGCUGUCUCUCUCCCGCCGACUGCGAGUGACCAAGGGCAGGAGUCUAAAUCCUACGGUUUGUAAUGCCGUCUACACACAUGUGAAAAACUACAGCCCACCUGAAAACACAGUCUGCCUAGUGCCAGAUAUCCCUACACAGGUGCCAUGUCAGGGAGACGAGGGGGCCAUGGUCAGCUGUUUGGUACAAGGCAAAUGGAUUCUUCAGUCCCUUAUCAACUAUCCCAGCUGCUCCGCCAGUUUCCCGUCCCUCGGUGUCGACCUCAGACACCCAGACAUUAUCAACUUCAUCAAAAGUAACUGAUCAAACCAACCGUGUUUCUCGAUAGAUUGUCAUGGAAUAAAGAGAUGUGCUGCCUUAAA